AUGGCCCCUAAGAACAAGAAGACUGGUGAUACCAUCAACUCGCGCCUGGCGCUUGUGAUGAAGUCCGGAAAGGUCACCCUUGGCUAUAAGUCUACUAUCAAGACCCUUCGUUCCGGCAAGGCCAAGCUUGUCAUCAUUGCUGCCAACACCCCCCCUCUCCGCAAGAGUGAGCUCGAGUACUAUGCCAUGCUCGCCAAGGCUCCCGUUCACCACUUCUCUGGCAACAACAUUGAACUGGGAACCGCCUGCGGUAAGCUGUUCCGCUGCUCCACCAUGACCGUCUUGGAUGCUGGUGACUCGGACAUUCUUAACACCCAGUAA